UGGAGGGGGGGCUGGACUAGUCCAGAAUAGAGAACUGCUGCUCCAGCUGCAUGCACGCAGUAUACAGACCCAGCAGGAAUUAUGAGCAGUACUGGGAUUUGCGGGGUUGUCCUCACUGUAGGCCUGGUCUUCCUCACACUAUGUUCUACCGGCCAGGCUAUAGAAUGCUACAAGUGCAAUACCUUUAGUUUCUCACAAUGUGCAACUAAGGAAAUCUGCUCCGCACCUAAUGACGCUUGUGCAAGGAUCACAGUUCCAGACGGCACCAGCACAUAUAGCUGCAGAGUUUACGACAAGUGCACUCAUGCCAUCGUCAGCCAGGAAACCGGCCUUCAAAACUUUCAGUUAAAGUGUUGUCAAUCGAGCCUGUGUAACAGCAGCUUCAUGUCUCAUCCCAGCACUGUCCUGGUUCUGAGCCUGGCUGCGGUGCUGCUGCUGAUGAUGUCAUCAUGAUCUCACCACCGUAUGGUGCUGCUGCUGAUGAUGUCAUCAUGAUCUCACCACCGUAUGGUGCUGCUGCUGAUGAUGUCAUCAUGAUCUCACCACCGUAUCGCUUCGCUCAUCUCUUUAAAUGUCUCAGAUAACCAAACCGAGGCUUAAGUAUAAAUGGCAUAAAAUUUCCAGCUUUCUACCGAUAGCUAAUAUUUUAAAAAAAUGAGAUCUGAUUGGUUGCUAUGGGCGCUACUGCAAUAUAGUUUUUUUUUUUUUUUUUUUAGACUGCAAAGGUAUAUCUUUUGAAAUAAAGGUUAGUGUCAGCAUUUACUUUUUGAUAUAUUCACUUUGCAAAUCACCUAUAUGACCUGUCUUCUCCCGACCCUAAGGGAGCAUUCACACGACCGUGUUGGUUUUGCGGUCCGCAAAUCACGGAUCUGUGUGUUCAGUAUGUCUUCAGUUAUGGCCCAGUUCACACGAACUUUUUUUUUUUUUGCGAGUGUACGGGCCGUUUUUUUUUUGUUCCGUAUAUGGAACCGUUCAUUUCAAUGGUUCUGCAAAAAAACCGAAAUUUACUCCGUAUGCAUUCCGUUUCCG